AUGCUGUCCUUAUUCGGCUUCGACAGGUCGUCGCGCGAAGAACGCGAGCGUGAGCCUCUGCUGCCUCGCUACAACGACGACACAGCCUUGCAGGAACGUCUCCAUGAGAAGCUACACACCUAUCAAAUGCUUCGAGCUAUUGGGAAAGGUUACAUGCCCUCGAACGAGCAGCUCAUCAUCAAUCUGCGCACUUUGCUGUCUGCCGAUAUCCUCAAUCCCGAUACCCCGGAUCUCAGCGACUCAGGACGUGCCCUCGUUCUGAACGUUAAGCUGUUGAUCAAACAACUCAUCGAGCUGCUUCUCCACAAGAACGACAAGGACCAGAUUCAGGACUUUAUCUGGUAUCUCACCAAGGCCCGCCUGUCCGUUGACGCGUACGACAUUGGAGCUCGAGCAUCCAAGGCCAAAGCGAGGGCCGAUACAGUUGCAGCAUAUAAGAGCUUACAAACUGUUGGAUCGCUGCUCCUCACAAACUCGGACUUCCGCUUGUUCCUAUCCGAUCUGAGUACUAUUGGUCGCGAGGUUUUCCGGGACACCGCCUUCACUCUUUCUGACGUCUCCAAGCAAGCGGCCAAGGAUAUUGAGCCGUCGAAAGAAGAGGAAGAAGCCGUCAAGCAUCCUAACGGCGAUUCGAAGCCUCCGCCAUCCAAGGACGACUUCCAGGGUGAAGUUGUUGAAGUCUCUAAGGUUCUCACUGAUGGCGUCGCCCGUGUGGCUGACGAGGCUGGCCAAAGCCUAGCCGAUCAUGUCACAGGCGAGGAGCAGGAAACGCUCGUGCACAGGCUGAAGAAUACCGUUGUCAACCUACGCGGUAGAAAGGAUUAUUCUGAUUCAGUAUCGACGCUCUCUCUACUCAUCAGGCGCUAUCUCCUAGUCUACUCUCACGCCGUUUCGGACACCAUUCAUGUUGCCCAGGAGGACAUCGACACCAAUCCCGAAGCCGACCGCGCACUCCAUAACUUUUGGCUAUUCUUGACCUCCCUCGGCGAUCGCGAGCAUUGGAACGAGGUCGAGCGUAUGUUCAAGGUGGUAAUGGAACACGGCCGCAGUGACCCCGAGUUCGACAAGCUUGUUAAACAAAUUGGUAACCUGCUCCAAGAUAUCCUUACGGACCCCGACUUCUUCGAACAUGCCGAAGAACGCUUCAAGGAGCUGAGGGCAAAGUCGAGGGAGUUGACCUCGGAGUCUUCGAUACGCGAUGAUCUCGAUGCCCUGCUGGACCGAGUGCAUCUGGCCUUGCACUCUGUUCUCGAGGAUACCGACAUCAAGAAAGCUUUGAACACAACGAAGAGAAUCCUCAAGAUCCUCUCCCCCGCUAAUCAGUACACAAAUGGAGAACUAUUGGCCGAUUCAACCAAUAUUUUCAUACCCUUGUUGAUUCAAGCCAUUCAAUACAUCCCCAUCCCUCGCCUAGAGGUCUCGGUGCCGACUAUUGAUCUUCUCCUGGAGAACCUAAUUUUGGAGCCAGGCCGAACAGUCAAUAACAGCUCGUUCUUACCCUUCAAGCUCAACAUCUCGACCCAGAACGACGUCGAGAUUCGGAAAGCCCGGUUCCGGACGACCACUUCGGUCACCACCCUGAUGAGAAUUACCCUGUCGGGCUUGUCAAUUGCCGCCGAAGACCUCGGGUAUUGGCUGCGCCUCCAUUCGGGCAUAUUGAGACUGGGCGACGCUGGGAUUGCGGGGUUCCACCUAGAUGAGCGCGGUAUUGACGUUGCCAUCGAUGUGGAGGUUGGAAAAGACCGCCUCGAGAACAUAUUGACUCUUCAUAAUGUCCGUGUUCGCAUCCAUCAUCUCGAUUACAGCCUUCGGAAGAGCAACUUUUCCUGGCUGGCUUGGCUUUUGAAACCUCUUAUUCGGCCGACCGUUAAGGCGGCACUGGAGGCACAAAUUGCAACCAGUAUUAGCGAGGGCCUCCAUUUCGCCAACAGAGAGCUACUCUUUGCGCGUGAGCGUCUACGAGCGACUCGUAUUGCCGACCCGCAGGAUUUGUGGACUUUUGUCAAGGCCGUGGCAGCGAGAUUGGUGCCACCAGAGGAUCCAGAUCUGUACACCCGCGUGGGUGUCACGCAGCCUGGACGGGGAGUGUUCAAGGGGGUGUAUGCACCUGGCAGUCUGGUCAAAAUGUGGAACGAAGAGGCGGCGCUUGCCGGCGACAGAGUGCACGAGUACCAAAGAGAUGGCUGGCGCAACUCAAUCUUUGACGUUGGCACUACUGGUGUCACCAUCUGA